ACGUUUGAUCAAUGUGUUACAGGUGAACCAUGAGAGACUCCUCACUAAGGGUAGAGUCGUGCAGUGGAGUGCCUUCCGGGGCCACCGACCCUGCGACGUCUCCUCAUCGGUAUGACAUGGCUGAGCGGUCUCCUCCUCUUAUCACUGAUUAUCAACACCCAAUCGGAGUCGGUCGACAUUGACCACUCUUUUGCGUCACGUGUGUAUGGAACAGAAUGAGCGAUGGGCAAAUUUGAACACCCAGAGACCUACUUAAGGGGAGCAUGCAAUGCACGGAAUUAGGUCACUCGGCACUCUUUGUUUACUCUUUUUUUGUUUGCGAUGGGUUCAUGGAACUCGAUUAAGAUCGUGCUUGAGCUACUCCUCCUGGAGAGCGAUUACCAAAAUCAGAGAACAUACAAGUUUGAGGACUUUUUCUGGACUGGAUCGGGCGAUGGGUCCGAAGAUGACUACCAACCCACAACCAUUUACAAAACCAAAACCGUUCUUUCGACCAUUUAUCUCGAACCAUCGACUAUGAUAAACACGACCACUAAAUGUUCAUUCAAUUGCGAAACUCCAGUCACCGCGACUGAAGAAAUCACCCCAACCCCAACCCAACCCCCUGAUGACGAUUUCUUAAGCGCCGAUCGUCACUUCUGGCUGUUAACAGUUCUAAAGAGCGACGGCAAAGACCCUGUCAUUAUUGAUCUCAAGAAUAGUUUAGCUAAAUUAUACAAAACCGCAUUUCAAAGACAACAAGAACGCCACUUAGGGAUCGUAAACCGUGAUAAAAGAGACGCCAAAAAUCUAGACAAACCGGUCAAAGUCUACAUCCACAACGUGGAGAAGAGUAAAACAAACGGCGACGAAAAAAUCGAAGUCCUUUAUCACGUCUCAGUUUCGGGAAAACCGGUCGAUGCUGUCACGGCGGCCGAAGACAUGACUUUGAUAACAGACGACGAAGUGCGGAGCGAAUUGGGUUAUCCUUUCCUCAUAAAAGCCGAACCGUACUUGAAACCACCAGCCCCUCAAGGCCUCUCCCGUUCGAAAAACACGUGGAUUUUUAUCGGGGUUUCAAUCGUGGCCCUUUUAGCAAUUCUCCUAGUGGUGGCCUUCCUGACCCUAGCCCUAACAAAGCGCAAAAAGCGCCCCCCGUCUGGCAUGGACAAUCGGAGGCAGAUUUUCGAACGGGGGGCUCUCAACGAAGCUAAAUCGGACCAAUCACCCACUUAUAUCAACUUCCGAAACCAGCCCUCAAACCAGACGCUUCGGAGCGUCUCCGUAGCCAGACCCCGCAGCUCAAUAAGCUCGAGCUCAGCCAGUUCCACAAGUCUUGAUAUUUCCCCGUUAAUGGCUUUGAAAAAGCAACGAACCCCUCCGAAGCCCCCGCGUCCCAAAGCUGCGACUAAUUUGAAACGAAUCGCGCCGGAGCUUUUGGACUCUGAUAGUAAUGGGAGUAAGAGGGAGUCACCGGAGACGAUUUACGACCCGGGGGUGGUCAGCCCCAAGUCGUACUUGUCUAUGCCGUCGGUUAAGGCGUUCCCCAGGGGGAGUAUGCCGGAACCUUUGAAUAAGGUUUUGGAGCCAGUGAGUGUCCUACAUUUGGAUAUGCCGGACGAUGAUGGGCUUGUGAGGGAAGGGUCAAGGUACGGUUUAACGAGGCAUGGGAGCUUUGGGGCUGUGGAGGAUCCAGGGGUUAUAGGGCCUGUUGUUUGGAAUAUGCACUGCCAGAGGUUGCAACACGGGGUGAGCGUAGACGAGGGCAUUGACGACCUAAAAGUGCCCUCCAACGUCUCCCGAAUGCGUAAACGCUUCCACGACCUCCUCGACGACACCUUCAGCCUGUUCGGCAGCCGGCGCGAGAGCCCCUCCAAGCCGCCCCCCAUCGAGGUCAAGAGCCACUCCGCCGUCAACAGACCCAACGACGACAUCCAGCCAUCGGUGCGCCCCCGCCCGAAAACCACCGAUCCUCGCCGAAUACCGCCAUCCCCGGGAAGUAUUAAACCGAAAGGUGCGUGGGCCAGCACGGCCCCGUCGCCCCUCAUCCGCCCCCUCAGCGCCGACCUAACUCCGAAAAUCAACGUCCAGCAUGUCCUAGCCGAGGGGAAAUUCCGAGCCAAUGAUCCCGCAGUGCCUUUAAUCGCGGCCAUUAAGAGCGAAAUCGAGAAGUGUUCGUUGCCGGGGAGUACCACAGAUGUUAGGAAGUAGUGUUGUUUAUUUAUUUGAUUUGUUAUUUAGCAGCGUAACAAAUUUAAAUAUAUUUGAAAAAUUCGCCGAGGA